UAAUGUCUAUAUAACUAGAUAUCUACUUCAUAUUGACAUUAAAUCAUAUUAAUUUGUAAAGUCUAUUGGAGCUUAAUUCAAUUGUGGAAUAUUUUUCUUUUGCUGUUCAUACAUCAUCAUUGAUAAAUAUUUCCUAAAUAUUAUUUUAAUUUUUAGCAUAAAAUAUGUCAUCUCGCAAUAUACGUAAGUUAAUGGGGGGCAAUGUACUACCACCACCAGAUGAUGAUUCCGAUGGUUAUGAACCAUUAUGUGUAACAAAGAAAUCAUCCAGUAAUAUUUACGAAGGCUUAAUUUCUAGUUCUCAAUCAGAGUCAGAGGAACAGGACAUUAAGGAUGAAGAAGAGGAAAACACAGACGAUUGUCCCACAGAGGUAGAAAAAAAGAAAAAGAAGAAAAAGAGAAAGCAAAGAAAACCUAGACGCAAAUCUGAUAAAGAUCCUUCAGAUGAUAUUACGCUAGACGAAAUAGAUAGAUCCUUAAAGGAAGUAAAUGACCUGCUAGGAGUUCCAGAGCCUGUAGUCGUUGUUGAUGUACCAGAAUCAAAUCUUAUGUCAGUACAAAAUAGGCACUUGAAUUAUAACAAUGAGAUAUUUCGUAUCUUUGGACCAGAUGAAGAAGAAGAUGUUCGCAGAAGGCGAGGUCGUACUCCUAAUUUAAGUAGACUUAAAAGAGGGGUAAUUGUGCAAAACCAAAUUUUGGAAAAUUUCACUAAGUUCGGUUUAACAAUGACCAUAGAAUCUGUUAGGAAUGGCAUUACCUAUUUCGUCUUCAAUCACAGUGAAAGAUAUCAAAAGCGACAUCGAGCAUUUGUAGAGGUGGUUGUCAGGACCAAAAAUAUGGGCUUCCCUUUUGAGGAUGUGCCGGAAGGUAUACAUCCAGAAGAAGUUAUGGAGGUAGCUGACAUGAUGUUCCGAAUGGAAGACUAUAGUGGAGCUAGGAAACUGAUUGAAAGAGCCAUAUCUUAUAUGCAAUAUGUCUCACAUCCUUUGUUUUAUCUCAGUGAUAGUAAAGUACGCUUGGAAUAUGUUUAUGUGGAGAACCGGAUGUUCCACGUCGCUGUACUUAAAUAUCUUCAUAUGCUCACGAACACCAUGUGUCACCGAACUGCAUUAGAGCUGGCUAAGUUGCUUCUUAACUUGGACCCAAGUGAUCCUUUAGGAGUUCUUUUCAUUAUUGACACACUAGCGCUAAGGGCCAGGGAACAUCAGUGGCUUAUCGACAUUGUUGAUUUUUGGAAAACAGAACGGCAAGCCCAUUUGCUUAUCAAUAUGCAAUAUUCAUACGCAAUGGCACAUUUCCAUGUGGCUAGAAAAAAUAAACGUGACAUUUCGCACGCUAAUGAGUUGCUACAAACUGCGAUGUUGAGUUUUCCAACAGCAGUCGUCUGUUUACUGCAUCACACCUAUACAAAGGAACCAGAGAUUACAUCACAUCCUCUAUUUUCGACAAUAGCUCAACAGAGUACCAGUCAAAACCUCCAUAAUUUGGUACUGAUCUACACUAAAUUCACGGCGCCGAAAUGGCGUGAGCCUGAGGUACUCAAAUGGUUCGUCAGCAAUGCCAAGGAACUCGUUAAUAAAUAUGACACUGACCUGAGUGUACAGGAGCGCGCUGCAGAGGCCGCGUUACAGCGUAAAUCGAUAUUUGUAAUAUGGCCUGACGAACUUAUCCGCCAUAUGGUCAUUAUUAAACCAAUGGCCAAUUUACUUCUUGAAAGAGACAUUCCUAAUGUGGGGAUUCAUGGAAUUACUAUCAACCCUGUGCCCGUUCCACUGGGUAACGGUAUAAAUCGCUAUGGAUAUAAACACAAGGCCCCGUCUCCUGAGUGCCAGACCCGUACAGACAAUUUGCUGACUGGUUUCAUUUUGUCUAUGGCACCGGCUUUUUUCUCACUACAGGCUCCAGAGAUUGAUCCGAAUGAUAUGGCGGCACAAGCAGAGGCCCGGAACUCUAAAAUUAUACAACGUCGAGAUACAGAUGGACACUAUCCAGGUGCAUGGACGGAAAGUCGCUAAACUUGAGCCGCAAGGAAGAUGAGGGCGACAGACAGCGGCACCGGCCUUGAUCGCGACAAUGAGUGCGGGGAAACAGACCUAUCCUAUAUUGUAAAUUUUUAAUAUUAUACAUAAUAUGAAACUAGCAAUUCAUAUUAUGUAUUGUUACAUUUCAUAUUGUUUUUUUUUUUCUAUUAUUACUUUAAAAUUCCUAGAAACAGGGGUCGUGUCAGAGAAUGGACCACCUUGUGGGAUCUUUUGGAAAUGCUUUGUAUAUUAUAUUAUUCUUUACUUUGUAGAUAAUUAGUUUCUAUGAGAAAAAUGUUUAGUAUCACUUCUAAAACAUUUCCUCAAGGGCGUAAAACUUUGCAUCUACUUCAUAUGAAUUUCAGAAUUUUGUAAUUCAAUUUUAGUCAUCCAAAUUUUCAUUGUUUAAUAUUUUCAUUUUUACCUUUAAAAAAAUCAAUCAGAAACAUUGAAAUUGUUAUGUUGGUUUUUGAAAAUUGACAGACAAUAGGGUUAAUUCUGAGAUGCCAUUUCUAUGAACCUAUUUAUAUAUUCUAAUGUUUUAAUUUGAUAAUUUUAUAACCUAAAUUUAUAAUAAUUUAGACUUAAAUUUAAAAAAAAAAAUUAGCACAUGUUGGUCUUUACAAUAAAAGUUUCGCUUUGAUAUAAAAUUUAAUUUUUAAGAGAAAUGGCGCCUCGAAAUUUAUUUUUAUUGUAACGUUGCGGUACUUUGGUAUGCUAAUGUAUAAAUGCCCUUAAGAGGACACCAAGGAUUUCGGUUAUUAAUUCUGUAGUUUUAAAGUUGAUUAAUAGGAUUAAUAAAAAAGAUUAUAGUUAUAUUCUUUAUAAGACUAUCAAUAGUUUUUUUUUAUACAUUUAACGAAAAAUUGUUUCAAAAGGUAACUCAUUAUUGAUUAUAAGCAAGUAAGGAAUUUUCACCAGUAAUUCAUCAUUUAAAGUGAAAAGUUCAAUGAGUUAUCCUAGAGAUUUUUAUCGCAAAAUAAAAAAAAAAAAGUUUCCUUAUAUUUUUUAAUAGGUUGUUAAUCAUAUUGCCAUGAUAGGUACGAAUUAUGUAGCCAGUUAUCAGGUUUAAUACUUAAUAAAAGUGUACGAAAUCGUU